AGUUGAUACCCCCAUCAUGCUAUCAAAUAGCAGUAGCAUAGAGUAUGAUAUUUUACUAUAUUAAAUACUAAUUUAUCUUACUGUAUAAUUUUCAAUUACUUAAUUGGCAUGACCAAGUUGACUAAUGUAGCGAACUUUGUUGACUGCACGUACCCAACUGCCCAAAACGACAAACUUUAUUCCACAAUCUCCCUGUGGUUUCAUCAGAAACACCAGCGAUUGUUUCUGUGGAUUUCUGGUUAGGUCCAAGGCUAAUGUUCUAGGGCAAAAUCAGUUCACAAAUGGAGGAUCAAUUGGUUCAAGUGAUGAUCGCGGUGCUAAUCUCAUCCCUAAUCGCCCUUAGAGCUUACAGGAAAAACUCUCUAGAUGUUUCAGGCGCAUUCGCCGGUUUCUUUGUCAUGGCUGUUCAUCUCUCCGUCAAUUACAGAUUUGGAGCGAUGUUGUUGGCUUUCUUCUUCACAUCGUCGAAGCUUACUAAAAUGGGGGAGGAUAGAAAGCGGACUCUUGAUGCUGAUUUCAAGGAAGGAGGUCAACGAAAUUGGAUACAAGUUCUAUCCAAUGGUGGAAUUGCUUCAGUUUUGGUUAUAGCAUUUUGGGGGUUGACAACAUCACAGGAUACCUGUUUGGACUCAAAACAAUCAAAGAUUAUAACAGCUCUUGUUGGUGGCCUGAUUGGUCAUUACUCAUGCUGCAAUGGAGACACCUGGUCCUCUGAGCUUGGAGUACUCAGUGAUGAACAGCCUCGGUUGAUUACUACAUUUAGGCCUGUUCGUAGGGGUACAAAUGGUGGAAUAACAAAAGCUGGACUUGAAGCAGCUGCAGCAGCAGGAAGACUUGCAGGAAGCUUAAUCGAUUCCAUUUUAGGAGCAACUCUGCAGUUUAGUGGAUUCUGCAGUGUUCGUAACAAGGUUGUAUCGAAACCGGGACCCACAGUGAAGAGGAUCUCGGGACUCAGUAUACUUGACAACAAUGGUGUGAAUCUCGUAUCGGGUAUAACAACUUUAUCCAUUCAUCUGGAAUUAAACAAAGCAUCGCGACACAUAAGUGAAGUGUCCUUGUGA